ACUGAAGGGAGUUCAGGUUGUAACCACUAGGGGGAUGCAGCACACACGCCUACAGAGUAAACAUCACCAUAUCUCAGCAUGCAGUGGACAGUGAGUUACCUGCUUGCGUGUGUGCGCGCGUGCUUGCGUGUGCGUGUGUGUGACUUCCCACCUUGAGGAGGGGAAGGGGGUAAUAAAACCACACACACACUCGCGCGAACACACACGCACGCACGCACGCACGCACACAUACACGGACCCGGAACAUUUGAAACAUGAGUUGUUCUUUCACAAUGCACACACACACAUACACACGCAUACACACACACACGUACACUUGGGAAGCUUGGCGAGCAAGGAGCGACUAGUGCGCACAAGUGUGUCCGCCUUAGGCGCGCAUGAGGACGGCGAUGCUGCAGCUUUGUGCCCCCUCUGCCUCUCUCUGCAACUUUUUUUCUGCAACACAUCCCUAGAGGAAGUUUGGAUUUUUUCCCCCCCUAUUGGAACUUCUUUUAAUAAAUAUGAGAGGUCGGUUUGCUGUCACUUUUCCACGCCUUUUAAUUGCUGAAAUGUCUUAUUCUGUUUUGAGGGUGGGAUAAAAGAGGAGCGGGAAGGAGAAAGAAGGUGUGACAACUGUGGAUCUCUGCAAGUAACUCCUACUACCGUCCAAAAGGGGGGAGGAUGAGGGGGGCAUCGGCCAGUACCCCCCUCUCCUUGAUUGAUUAGUUAUUAGUCAUCUCUUUGGCUAAAUGGGACCCAUUGAAAAGGCACCGUGGAACACAUAUAUGAAUCAAAUAUUCCCGUGUCCCUUCAAUGUCUCCACAGUAGUUUUGCUUAAGAAGCGAGGGGGUCGUGGCUUAGCAAUAUAAAGAGAAGGAAGGUUUAUUUAGACACUUUCCACCACAAAAAAGAAGAAGAGGAAAAGAAGAGAAAGUGUGGACUAUAUAUUUUUUCAUUUUUAUGUCACAUUUGAGUGGCAUUUUUCCCAUUCUCAAAAAAUGAAACUUUGGGCAUCACCCUGGCUGUCCUGCCUGGUGAUUCUUAUCCUCUGCUUUGCAUCAGAGUGCGGGACAGUCCGGAGGAAAGGCAGAUCCAAGAGGGACUUGGUGCGCUUGAGGGAAGCGAGAACCACCAUCCCGGGGGCUUGCGCGACGCGUCUGCCCCGGGGCAAGCGCUCCCUGGCCGGCAUGGAGCGCCGGGGGCUCCGGCAGCGUCGGCGCUCCUCGCAGCCGGAGGUGAGCUCCGCUGAGCGGGGGAAGGCUGUUUAUUUCACCGGCAGGGGCGAUCAGCUCCGGCUGAAGCCUGGCGUGGAGAUCCCCAGAGGAAACUUCACACUUCAGAUGUGGAUCAAGCCGGAGGGGGGUCAGCGAUCGCCUACUGUUAUCGCAGGCCUUUACGACAAAUGUUUCUACGCCUCCAGCGACCGAGGCUGGCUGCUUGGCAUCCAGUCCGUCAGCGAACACGGGAACCGCGACCCUCGCUUCUUCUUUUCCCUUAAGACGGAUCGUGCCCACAAGGCGACCGCUAUACACUCCAAUGCACGCUACGCCCCCAAUCAGUGGGCCCACCUGGCUGUCACUUACGACGGCGUCUACAUGAAGCUCUUUGUUAAUGGCGCCCAAGUCGGUGUGAGUCGGGAGCAAUCUGGUGACGUCUUCAGCCACCUGACCAAAAAGUGCAAAGUGCUGAUGAUCGGUGGGAAUGCUCUGAAUCACAACUACAGGGGGGCGGUAGAGAGGGUGGCUCUAUGGAGGCAGGCUCGGGGUCAGAGGCAGAUUAUCAGGGAUAUGCAGGGCCAUGAGGAUGCUCAAGAUCUACCUCAGCUGGUCAUACGGGAAACAUUUGAGCACCCAGGCAGGAAAUGGCUAACUGUGAAAGAUGGUAGCUUCCCUCAACCGGAGCAGAGGGGAAGUGGACGGAUAGGUUUUCUAGGCGGCGGUGGAGGAAAUGCUGAAGGAUUAUUAGAUACCACAUUGGAGCCUCCAGCUUGUGGUCAAACUGUCUGUGACAACGUCGAGGUCAUCAAAAACUAUAACCAACUUUGGAGCUUUCGUCGGCCCAAGAAAGUGCGAUACCGUGUGAUAAACAUCUGGGACGACACUCGGACCAAGCCAACCGUGUCGGACCACCAGAUCAUCCUGCAGCACCAGCAGCUUAACGACGCCUUCAGCCCUUACAACAUCACCUGGGAGCUCAGCAUUCACAAUGUCACCAAUUCCUCCCUGAGGAACCGCUUGAUUCUCGCUAACUGCGACAUCAGUAAAGUGGGUGAUGAUGCCUGCAACCCGGAGUGCAACCACCCACUUACGGGGUACGACGCUGGUGACUGCGUGUCGGGGCACCGGAGCCGCUGCCCAGAGAGCAAGCAGGGUAACGGCGUAUGCGAUGCGGAAUGUAACUGGGAGAAUUUCUUCUACGACCUCGGCGACUGUUGCAAUCCCGAUGUGACAGAUGUGACCAAGACGUGCUUCAACCGCUCCUCGCCACACAAAGCCUAUCUGGACGUGAAGGAGCUGAAAGAGAUCCUGCACUUGGAUGGCUCCACUCACCUGAAUGUCUUCUUUGCCAACUCCUCUGAUGAAGAUCUAGCGGGGGUUGCCACUUGGCCGUGGGACAAAGAAGCCCUCACGCAUUUAGGUGGAAUUGUGCUGAACCCGUCCUUCUAUGGUACAUUCGGCCACACCGACACCAUGGUGCACGAGAUUGGCCACAGUCUCGGACUCUACCACGUUUUUCGAGGGAUCUCAGAGAUCGAAUCAUGUAACGAUGCGUGUUUGGAGACGGAACCCUCCAUGGAGACCGGAGAUCUGUGUGCAGACACUAAUCCCACGGCCAAGUUCAAAGGCUGCCACGAUCCAGAACCGGGGAACGAAACUUGUGGUUCUCCGCAUUUCACUCACACGCCUUUCAACAACUACAUGAGUUAUGCAGAUGAUUCCUGCACCGACUCCUUCACCCUGAACCAAGUGGCUCGGAUGCACUGCUACCUGGACCUGGUCUACCAGACCUGGCAGCCAAACUCCAAACCUCCUCCAGUGGCCAUGCCCCCACAGGUGGUGGAGCAACAUCACAACUCCUUCACGUUGGAAUGGUUUCCACCCAUUUCAGGACACUUUUACGACAGAGAAUUGGGAUCAGUGUGCGAUAAAUGCACUGAGGGGAGAGUUCUACUGCAGUACGCCUCCAACUCGUCUUCCCCACGACCGUGCGCUCCCUCUGGACACUGGUCGCCGCUCGAGGCUGAAGGUCCUCCAGAUGUGGAGCAGGCUUGCGAGCCAAGCGUGCGCACCUGGAGCCCCAACGCAGGUAUCGAGCAGGGCAUCGUGGGCCUGUCCGAGUGCCCGCUCCAGGGCUGCAUGCUCCAGCUGGAAUUCCCCUACCCGCUGGUGCCGGACUCGCUGACCGUCUGGGUCACCUUCUUCAGCCCUGAAGAAACGGCCCUUCCGGCUAUCCACAACAUCCUUCUCCUCACCGUCAGCGGCAAUAACAUCUCUUUGGGUCCCAGCAAUGUCUUCUGCGACACAGCGCUCACUCUGAAGCUGGACAUAGAGGAGGAAGUUUAUGGGGUCCAGUUUUUCACCAUGGAGCAGCACCUGGAGAUCGAUGCCACCCUGUUAGCGUCCAAACCGGACUGCUCUCUUUGCAAUGACUGCCAACCUCUGCGUUACCGGCUGUUGAGGCAGCCGCCCUUCACCCACGCACCACAUGGGCUCAUUUUCAAUGAACCCAGUCGGCGGUACACAGACAGGGAUGUGGAGCCGCAUGUGGCGUACACCUAUCAGGUCCAAACCAUCUCCAGCCGGAGCGAGAGCCAGCCUUCCCCACCUCUGGUGCAUGAACUUGGGGCAGCCUAUUGUGGGGAUGGACGGAUCCAGAGUUCCAAAGGAGAGGAGUGCGACGAUAUGAAUUCCAUGAAUGGUGAUGGCUGCUCCAGUCAGUGCAAGAAAGAGGCUUUCUUCAACUGUGUUGAGGAGCCAAGCAUGUGCUACUACUACGAUGGUGAUGGCAUUUGCGAGGACUUUGAGCGAGAGACCGGCGUUCGAGACUGCGGGCUCUACACCCCCAGUGGCUUCCUGGACCAGUGGGCCUCCAGUGUAGAUGUUUCCCAUGAGAAGAAACCCUACUGCUCAGGCGAGGUGGCUGCUGGAUACCCUGCUGUUACCAAGACAUGUCAGUCCAAGGUAUUUGACCUUUCAGACGGGGUGUCCCAAUACGCAUGGUUCCCUUGUCGUGAGGCCCACAAGACUUCAUGGGGAUACCCAAACUACUGGCUCAAGGCCCACUUUUCUCAUCCGAUGGUUGCGGCAGCGGUGAUCAUACACCUGGCGGCCGACGGCACGGGUUACAUCGACCAGACUCAGUGUAACAUCACCGUUCAGCUGGUGGAUACCAAAGAGGGGAUCCAUAGCCUGGGUGAGUGGCGACUGAGCUGCCGUACCAACCCAUUGGUGAUCCCAGUUAGCCAUGACCUGUCGGUGGCCUUCUAUCACACCAAGGCCAUCCUGGUCAUGUUCGCCUCUCGCCUGGUGGCCAUCUCCGGGGUUGGCCUGCGUUCCUUCCAGUCCUUCGACCCCAUCACCAUCAGCGGUUGCCAGAGCAAUGAAAUUUACAAUCCCACGGGCCAGAGUUGUGUACAUUAUUCGUGCGAAGCCAUCGACUGCCAGGAGCCCUUAAUCCGCAAUGCAGAGCUCAAGUGCAGCAACGCCGGCCGCCACUUCUACAACGGAGACCGCUGCACCAUCUCCUGCAACUCGGGCUACGUUCUGCAAGUCCACCAGGAUGAUGACAUCAUCAAGAGCCAGUCUGACUCUUUGGUGACCAUCACCUGCGCAAACGGCAAGUGGAACAAGCAGGUGUCGUGCGAGCCAGUCGACUGCGGCCUGCCCGAUAAAUACCACGUCCACCCGGCCCACUUCAACUUCCCGGAGGGCACCACCUACGGCAGGAAGAGCACUUUCCAGUGUCGUGAACCCGCCCAGCUUGUAGGUACAAACAACACUCUGACCUGCCUAGAGGAUGGUCUGUGGUCCUUCCCCGAGGCUUUAUGCGAGCUUCGCUGCCCAGCUCCUCCACCGGUGCCCAAUGCCGUGCUGCAGACAAAGCGCUGCAACGAGACGGGCCUCAAAGUGGGGACGCUGUGCAAGUACAAGUGCAAGCCAGGCUAUCAUGUGACCAAUAAACCCAAGAGGCGUGCAUUUAAGCGCCAGUGCACAGAGGACGGCAGCUGGCUGGAGGGUGCGUGCGAACCAGUCACCUGUGACCCACCGCCCCCCAUCUUCCACGGCUCCUACCACUGCACCGACGGCUUCCGCUUCGACAGCGUUUGCCGCCUCAACUGCUCGACCGAUGCCGCCGGUAAUAGCGCUAAUGCCGUCACAGGAGGCUCUGCCCACACGGUGAGGCUGCUGCACGCUCCAUGCAAGCAGGGCACCGGGUCCAAUGUGAUCCGCUGUAGGAAGGACGGAAACUGGACGGGGUCAUUCCGCCUGUGCCCCAACAGCAAAGGCCAGUGUUCUUUACCUCAAAAUCUGCAUUACAGCCUCCAGUACUCAUGCAAGCGAGGACAUGGCAUAGGUGAGGAGUGCGAGCUGACGUGCAGAGAGAGCAACAACGACGUGGUCAUCCUCCCUAGCAACAUGACCGUGGACGUCAUGCUCAAAGAGCACUGGAGGAACCCACACAAGGUCAAGAGUAUCGUCUGUACAAUGGGACUUAAGUGGUAUCCGCACCCUGAAUUACUCCACUGCAUCAAAGGAUGUGAGCCAUUCAUGGGAGACAACUACUGUGAUGCAGUAAAUAACCGAGCCUUCUGCAACUACGAUGGAGGGGACUGCUGCCAAUCCACUGUCAAGACCAAGAAGGUGAUUCCCUUCCCCAUGUCCUGUGACAUACGAGAUGAGUGCUCCUGUCGGGAUCCUAACGCUGUGGAGAACAAAAGAGAAGAGAGCGUCCAUUCCCUGGGGUGACCAAGCCCACAAAAGGAGGGAGGGAACCCUUUCAACAUCCCAAAACACCUUUGCUCCAACACCACACAGCCCGAGUGGCCGAGGCAGACCCCCUCCAUCUUCAUCCUUCAAUUUCCUGCACAUGCUGCUUUGAACAGGUAUACCUCUCCAUCCUCGCUUACACCCCAAAGCCAGCUGGAAAGAUCGAGAAAAGACAACCGGACUCCAUGGAAAACGUCAUUUGUAUAAGGGAAGCAAGCCUUCAUCAUGAAAUCCUUAACCAGGAAGAGUUUCUUUUGGUAGAGAUGUAAAAAAACAAAAAGAUAUGAAGAAAAACAAUAGGCUGUGGCAUGCCUUUCGAUCAGUAUCUAGUUUAGUGCCCUUCAGGAUGAAAGCGAUUCCAAAUCUUUAGGGAGGAGGGGGUUUGGUUGUUGGAUCAGUAAUUAUAAAUAUAAAGGAAAUGAAGACACAUGUUUCUCAGACACUUUUGAAGGCAUGAGGUUUGGCACAAGCGGUUCUGUAUCUGUUUAAUUUUGCUCAACAACAACAAAAAAGUGUUUCUUCAUCGGCACAUCAGAAAACCGCUUGGUGGGGAACGAUACGCUCGUAUUUCUCAUUUACACUCCGCAGUUUCCACACAAAAGCCGACAUGGAAUCAACAAAUAGGCGCAGAAACUGUCGGAGUAAUUGCCAUCCCCGGAACCGCAGAAACAAUAUUCCCAUGCAGUUAUUUUUUUUAAAUUUCAUUUCGAACCAAAACUCAGAAUGCGUAAUGAAAACAACGCUUGCUACUGUGUCUCCUGCUCCUCCACGCUUCCUGUUGCUUUGCAACAUUCUGCACUUUAGCUGUUGUCUGUGGUCAGUCACACUUGCAUGUGGAAUUUUGAAAAAAACAAACAAAACUUUCACACCUUACUUUCAGUUUGGUUGAUUUCAGAUGCCGUUGGGUCCCUUGGCGCCCUCAGUCUCCUCUCGGAGGUAUACAGUAUACAGGAGACCCUCAUUCUCCUCUGUAGUUGUACUUAUGACUGUUCCAUGCAGCGUGUAUUUAUUUUAUUUUUUUUGCAUUUCACCACGGUAGUACCUUUCUUGCUAAUCUCAGUUUCUUCUUGCAGGACACUCAUUCUCCUCCAUGCGUUACUUUUAACCUGGAAGUAAAAUCAGCUCUGUUUAGAAUGUAACCAUUAUGAUUGCGUAGCGCCGUCACACAGUUAAGACACACAAGGGCUGGUUUACAACGAGUGCUUGAUAGCUCAUACAUGUAAACACGUGUAAAUGUACACAAUUGUGCACGAUUGUCCGUAACAAAAUGGCCACCGCGUUAAGUGCACUUGUCUCAUCAACACAUAGCGCAACUUGUGUGUCAUUCCCCACCAAUCGUUCUGUUUUGGCUGCUAUGAGAGCUUCGCAUUUUGUCUCACACACACACACACACACACACACACACACACACACACACACAUACAUUGCUGCUGCUUGGCUUACCAGGCCCCCGAAAUGUUGCUGCUCUGCCUCAUCCGUGGUUACAGUCAGCGUGACUUUUUAUUGGACUCGCAAAAGGCUGCUAUAAGCGUUCCAUGCCAUCCUCAUGUGUGUCGGGAAUCAUUAUACGCAAUGAAAAAACAGAAGGUAUUAUUUUCCAGCAAACACCCAACGUACAAAAACAAUGUAAAUAUGUUCUUGAUUGAAAGGAACGCUCUCGUUUCAUGUUUUUUUUUUCUUUACCAAAUGUCAUAUUCAAUUAGUUGUUUGUAUAAAUGACCUCAGUUACUGCACUUUGUAUUUUAGUUGCAAAAUCUUUCAAAAACUGUCUGCUAGAAGAAGCUGCUAUUGUCAGAAUGGUGAUGCCAGACUAACUGUAUUAUAUCGGUCCUUUCAACUACCUGUGUUGCCGUUUCAAGACUAUUGCAUACAUCAUUGUGUUGGUUUUUACAGCCUGAACUUUAACUCUUUAUGUAUUCCUACCAUGAACAAUAUGACACGGUAGAGGCUUUAGCGUAUACAGUGGGAUCUCCAAGGCUCUGGUUUGUUUUUUUUAAAUGUUUGCAUGUCUGUUCCAGUGCCAAACUUUUAAAAUCCUAAAACCUAUGCUAACUGUCAUACUUGGAAGAGGAAGUUCACUGAAGUCUGACAGCAAUACUAUUCGAUGUUGUUUUUGUUUCGGUGGUAAUACGAAUGAGAAUUCGGCGAAAUUGUCCUGUCAGGAAAAUUAGUACUUGAACGAUUGUUUUUUAUUAUUAUAAAACGUUUUUUUGUAUUUUUAAUUAGUUGGAUUAAUUUGAUUGUUUUUAUGUCAUUUUGUUUCCAUUUUAUAAAAUACAUUGAAUUAUUUUGUAUUCAUUUAAACAUUUUAGAUAAUACAUAGCUCUUUUUUUUAAGAAUAAAACAAUUCCAAAUCACUAUUUUUAACUAUCAUCUAUAUAAGUGUAAACAUAAGCAAACCAGUCUUGAUUCAAAGCUAAACACAAUGGCCGUUCUACUCACAACUGUAAUGAAUGACGUGCAUAGCGAGGGUUCAUAUGUGUUCCUGGGAGGCGAGUCUCUUCACAUUCAUGAUAAACUUAUUAAUUGCGUCGACAUUAAAACAAAAAUAAGGAAAAAGAAAACUGCGCUUGUGGAGGAAAUGGAGCUGAAAACAUUUUGUGGCAUAUUUUCCCCGAUUUUUUCGGAAGAACUCAGAAGUGUACAACGUUAGAGACAUUAGACUUUGGAGGUUCCACUGUGUUUUUUUCUAUUUUAAUAUCUUUACAUAUCACAUCUGGCUCAACUGCACAUUUCGUUGUUUGUUUUGUUUUGCCGUCCUUUUUGAAGGUACACAUUUAAAUAGAAGGAAAACCUGAAUGAAGAAAACCAAAUUCAAUGUUCUUAUCUUUCGUGUUGUUUAAAAAAACCCCAAAAAACGACACUAUUAUCAAAGAAUGCAUUUAACAGCUUAUAUUAUGUUGAUUUUAUUAAAUGUCAUAUACGUCUGCUUUACAUACAACCGUAACCGGUGGGGGGAGGAGGGGGCUGAUCAUUUCAAGAAAGUUUAUUCAUCUCCAAGAAAAAGUCACAGGAAAUGGACCAUUCUUGUUUUUUAAGUCAUAGAACUUUCUAUAGCCUGUACCAUAACUUCAAUGUUUGGGGGGGGAGGGGGUCAUUUUUAAGCCAUACGUGCAAAAGAAGGAAUAUCACCUCGAUACUGUUGUCAUCACAGGAUCCCUCGCUGUACCUCAUGCCUGUAAUGUUUGCUGCUUCAACAUAUAUAGAGAGUUUGUUUUUUGGCUUCUCAUAACGAUGGUGUACAUAGUAGAACUAUUUAUUGAGAGUGUUAUCUUUUUUAAGUUAUAUUUAAUGUCCAUGUAAGUUAUUUUUUACUUAUUGUUCAUUCUCCUCUUUGUCGCUGUCCCUAAAAAAAAAAAAAAAAAAACCUUCUUGGCUUUUAGGGAAGAGUCUUCACGUGUGUAAAUGCUUCUCCUGUCAAAACCAGAAUGUACGUUUUUGUUUUGUUUGCCUGUUUUUCUUAUAUAUAUAUAUAUAUAUAUAUAUAUAUAUAUGUAUAUAUAUAUAUAUAUAUAUAUAUAUAUAUGUAUAUACAAAACAGAUACAACAUUUUGGAGAUGGAGGGCUCCAGGUACCAGGGGUUUUCAAAGUGUGAGGCAAGCCAUUUGACUUCAGGGGAGGCGCGGCAGCUUGAGAAAAAUUAAAAAUUAAAAAAACACAAUUUUUAAACCUGCUAAAGUAACAUCAGUUCAGGCAAAAUGAACUGAUUUGUCGUUCCCGUAUUAUGAGAGGGAACAGAGUCUGGAGCGAGCAGAAAAACCUCCACAGCUCCAGAUAAUCUGUUUUGGAGGCGGGGGGUGUCGGUGGGGGCUGGGCCACACUUUGAUUGGCUCCGAUUUAUACUAACUGGAGUGGUUAUUUGUACCUUUGUUGUGUAUUCCACCCCAGUGCCAGCGAAAGAGAGUAUGGUCCAGGGCGCCACACAUAGGGGUGCUUUUCCUAGCCUGUGCCACCAUUUGGCCCGAAGUAAACAGAGUCGGGUGGAAGUAGAAAACAAAACAUCUACAAAAAAAAGCUCUGGAAAAUGAGUGUUUUGGGGGCAAGGGGAGGCCCCAGCUGUAUAUAUUGGGGUUGAUUAUUGGACUCCAAAGUAGCUUUUGUACCUUUUUUCAAAAGCAUGUUCCAAAAACCUGAGAAGGCACCACCCCAGUGCCAGCAAAAGGUACCUGAAGGUACUGAGCAUGUGGUCCAGGUGUUUUUCCCUGGCUUGCGCCACUAUUUGGCCAGGAAUAAACAGAGUCUGGGGUUAACAGAAAGCUCCACAAAAUCCGCGUUUCGGGGCAAAGGGGGCGCUCACCUGUCGGGUGUGGGGGCUCACCUUGCAACACUUUGAAGACCCCGAGUUAUUAUUGGACUCCAAGGUACCUUUUUUCAAGCGUGUGUUCUUCAGAGGGCACCGCCCCAGUGCCAGCUACCAUAAAGUACAGAGAGAGUGCCCCACAUCGUGGUGCUUUUUCUGGCCUGUGCCACUAUUUGGCCAGGUGUGAAAAUGUGUACUCACAGGGGCCGAACCCCGCGUGGCCCCAGGGGCGGCGGAGGCAACACGACACGUAGCGAGGGCCAAUGAGUCAGACUUUCUCCCGACGAGGGGAUGGCCGCCACCCUCCCUGGGACUCCCACCGCCCCUUCCCCUCCCCCCACUCCUUGACACACUGCCUCAUCUGUCACUGUCAGCUCGGCGGGUACAGGGCGGCCAGUGUAAAGGAGAGGGGAAGUUUGGGCGGCUUAAAGGUGCGUUUGAAGCAAGGCUUGAAGGAACACACUCCUCCUGGGCCAAGAGUCCUGGCUUAUCACAUACUCUAAGAUGUCUGCCAUCGCGCUCGGCCAUGACAGGCUUUGAUAUCCUUCCAUAUAUUUUUUACAGUUGCCACUUUGUUUCUAAUUUAACGUGCAUGUCUAAAAAAAUGAAGUGUUUGAAGCCCCUCGGUGGAGAAAAAUAUGUGCCAUUUUUAUUGUUUUCUGUAUUGUAACACAUGAAGUACCUCUCACGGGGCUCUAGACUUAUCCCUCCAUGAACUUUUGUUGUUUUUUUUGUUUGUUUUUUUCAAAAGUAUACAGUGUAUUUGCAUAUUACGUGGAUAUCUAGUGGUAUUACUGCAAUGUUUCGUACCCGAUUGCUCAACAAAUAUAUUUUAAGAUGUAAAUAGUAAUAUUAUAUGAUGAUUGUAUUUGCAGAAACCAAUGUACUAACUGUUUGGGAGUAGCUCUCGGAUCGAUUUUUAUCCUAACUAUUAUACAAAGAGAUGUUAUUGUAUAUUGUGUCAAAGUAUCGCCCGCAAAACACAGAAAAAAAAACAAGAAAAAGAAGAUGCUUUGCCACGCCCACUCGUCAUCAGCAUUUAUUUGUUCAUAAUGGCUCCGUAGAAGUACUGUUUUCAGCUUUUUAGAACGUCACUUAUAUACCGUGAGUCAUAUUUAUUAUUUGUUGAUUAUUUCUGGGUCAAAAUGGAACCUCAUUAGCAACUUUUUAUUCUGCAUUUAGUUUCUUUCCCCUCAUUUUGGACUGGAUGAGUCAUAAUUUGCCUUUUGGGUCUCCUGAGAACUUCACCAACACUGUAAAGGACGCCGUCCUUUGUCUCUCUGAUGGCGUCCUCGCUCUUCUUGGUUCUUUUUACAGUAUGCACUUUUUCAGGCACAUAUACAACCAGUUGGACUUUUUUUUUUGUGAAAUGUUUUUCUUUUUUUUUUCAUUGUUUUCAUUUGUUGUUUCUCACAGUUGCAAUUAUAUAUAUUUUUUGGUGCUCUGGUACAUGGCAGAAACAUGUCGGAUCUGUACUAUAUUUUCAUAAGGAAGAGUCAUAAAGAUGAGUAUCAUGUUCAUUUUUCGCUGUCAUUUAUUGUGUAGAAAUAAAACACUGGUUAAAGUGAGUGGGUGUCG